UCUGACUCGUCUCGAUUGUUCAUCCUCAUCACCGUUUCGGCUUCCUCCUCCUCCUUCGCUCUCUUUCGUAGAUCUUGGCCCUCUCCCAUCGUCCCUUUCUCGAUUCCGCUCGAUUGAUUAUUUUAUCUUCUAGCAGUGAUUGCUGGCAUUUGAUCGAACAUGUCGCAGGAUGAAGAAGUUCGAAGGAGCAAGCUCCUUGCCUGCGUCCAGGCACUAUGUGCUGCAAGAUAUUCAAGAGAGGACAACGUCCCGUGCAAGAUCGAGGAGGGUCUGUUCUUGGGAUCGGUGGGCGCUGCUCUCAAUAAGCCAGCGCUGAAGAAUCUGAACAUCACUCAUAUAUUGACGGUCGCGAAGUCGCUGGAUCCAGCAUUCCCUGAUGAAUUCGUCUAUAAGAAGAUUGACGUGUUUGACACACCGGGGACGGAAUUGGAUAAGCAUUUUGAUGAAUGCUUUAAUUUCAUUGAUGAAGCCAGAAGCUCAGGUGGUAGUGUACUGGUUCAUUGCUUUGCAGGGAUGUCUAGAAGUGUUACUAUUGUUCUUGCUUAUUUGAUGAAGAAGAAUCAUAUUACUCUGCGAGAGGCAUUGUCACUUGUAAGGGGCAAACGCCCACGUGUAGCUCCUAAUCAUGGUUUUCUGACCCAAUUGGAGAACUUUGAGAAAUCCCUUCGAGUGAAUUGAGGUAUUUCUAUCCGAGUUGAACAAAAAGAGCAAGCCUAGGUCGCUUUUUGCUUGCUGGUCUUUGCUCAACGAUUAUGGCAUAGCAUUUCCAGUAGAGCUUCGCGAGCUGGUAUUCGCAUCUGAUCAGUUGCUUUUUAUGAUUUACUUUGUAAUUACACCGUAAUACAAACUAGCGAUCUCAUGUAUCGUCAAGUCGUUCUAUUUUACACCAGGAACAGUUUUGACUUUGGUAUUUUCUUUUAUCAAUUUGUGGCUCAUGAGGCUACUAUUUUCUCAUAGUGUGUUUUUACUGCAAUUAAUAAGGUGUUAUUGGGAUUUAACUAGAAUGUAACUUUUUUCCUAUGGCAUUUCUAUGCAGCACGUAUAUAUUUGCAUUAAUGCAUGAUGAAGUUCCGUCUUGUCA